CGGGGGCAGAGGGCCGAGGAGCGGACGGAGGAUGGGAUGGGUGCCUCGGCGCCGAGGGUGACCCCGCAGGUCCGGCGGCGGUGGCGGCGGCGGCGGCAGCAGGGCGCGGGGUCCCCGGCGGAGGAUGGAGGCGGAGGCGGAGUGGGAGCGGCCGAACGUGGAGACGAUCAAGUGCGUGGUGGUGGGCGACAACGCCGUGGGCAAGACCCGCCUGGUCUGCGCCCGCGCCUGCAACGCCACCCUCUCGCACUACCAACUGCUGGCCACCCACGUCCCCACCGUCUGGGCCAUCGACCAGUACCGCGUCUGCCAGGAGGUGCUGGAGCGCUCCCGGGACGUGGUGGACGAAGUGAGCAUCUCCCUCCGGCUCUGGGACACCUUUGGCGACCAUCACAAGGACCGCCGCUUCGCCUACGGAAGGUCGGAUGUUGUGGUGCUCUGUUUCUCCCUGGCCAACCCAAACUCCCUGAAGCAUGUCAAGAGCGUGUGGUACCCUGAGAUCAAGCACUUCUGCCCACGGACACCGAUUGUGCUGGUGGGGUGCCAGCUGGACCUCCGCUAUGCUGACCUCGAGGCCGUCAACCGUGCCCGGCGCCCACUGGCCAAGCCCAUCAAGCCUUCGGACAUCCUGCCCCCUGAAUAUGGGCACGAGGUGGCCAAAGAGCUGGGCAUCCCUUACUAUGAGACCAGCGUGGUGGCCCAGUUCGGCAUUAAGGACGUCUUCGACAAUGCCAUCCGAGCCGCCCUCAUCUCCCGGCGCCACCUCCAGUUCUGGAAGUCCCACCUCAAGAAGACCCAGCGGCCCUUGCUGCAGGCCCCCUUCCUUCCCCCGAAGCCACCUCCACCCAUCAUCCACAUCCCGGAGCCGCUGUCUGGGGAAGGCCGGGACCCCACUGCCCUCUUCCACCAGCCCCUUUGCGCCGAUGUUGUCUUCUAUCUCCAAGGGGGCCACCGUGUCUUUGCCCACCGUGUCUACCUCGCCACCUCAUGCUCCAAAUUCUAUGACCUCUUCAUGCUGGACUUGGGGGGCGAGGUGGCUGGAGGGGCCAAGGAGCCUGCCGGAAGGACGAAAAGCUUGGAUGCUGCCGACAGGGGACCCCCAGGGGCCAUGGCAGCCUCUCUCCGGACCUCGCAGAGCGAUGACCCACUGCAUCUGGCCCCAGCAGCCCGGGAGCUGUCCGGCUGGGGGCGGGGCUUCGUCAGCAUGGGGCCAGAGGUGGUGCGUGACCCAGUGACGCAGUGGGAGAGGCCCAUGACUGCGGUCUACCUGGAUGGGCUGGUGCAGCCCAGCCCCUUCCGGGCAGUGCUGGAAUACCUGUACACGGGCCGCCUGGAGCAGCAUCGGGCCGACCUCAUGCAGGUAGCCACCAUCGCUGAGCUGCUGGAAGUCUUUGACCUGCGCAUGAUGGUGGCCAAUAUGCUCAACAAGGAGAGCUUCAUGAACCGCGAAAUCACCAAGGCCUUCCAUGUUCGCCGGGCCAACCGGAUCAAGGAGUGUCUGACCAAGGGCACCUUUGCAGAUGUGGUCUUUGUGGUGGAUGAUGGAUCAGUGCCGGCGCACAAGCCACUGCUCCUUGCAGGGUGUGACUUCAUGGUGGCCAUGUUUGGCGGCACCUUCCGGGAGAGUUGCGCUGCUGAGGUCCCUCUGCCGGGUACCAACUGUGCCUGCCUCCGCGCGGUGCUGGACUUCCUCUACACGGGCCUCUUUGUGCCCACGCCAGACCUGGACGCCAUGGAGCUGCUGGUGCUCACCAACCGCCUCUGCCUGACCCGCUUGCAGGCCCUGACCGAGCAGUACGCAGUGGAUGAGCUUGUGCAUGCCAGCCUACAGCAGGUGGAAAUAGACGCCCAGGUCAUUCUUUAUCUGGAGAUGACACAGUUCCACAAUGCCCGCCAGCUGGCCGCCUGGUGCCUCCACUAUCUCUGCACCAACUACAACAGCGUCUGCCGCCGGUUCCCCCGUGAGAUGAAGUGCAUGUCUCCAGAGAACCAGGCGCACUUUGAGCGCCACCGCUGGCCCCCCAUCUGGUACCUGAAGGAGGAGGACCGCUACCUGCGCCUGCAGAAGGAGCGUGAGCUGGAAGAGGAGACCCUGCGCAAGCAGCACCCGCGGAGCAAGUGGUGCUUCUGGCGUCCCCACCAUGCCAGCCACAUCUCCUGAGUGCCUCCCCCAUUGCUGUGGGGGGGAGGUAAGGGGGGUGAUCCACCGUCCUGUCCGUGCCUUUGCUGGCAAGGGCUCUGGCUGGUCGAUGGAUUCCUCCCUGGGCAAGGGGAGACCUGUCACCCCC